CGGGGUGAGGCUUCCCGGUGGGCCGUAAGAAGGCGCGGCCUGGUCCGCACGUGGGGCCUGGUUCGCUCUGGCACGCCUGAGGUGUUGCGGUGCCCACCGGCGGGUACGGCCCCGCGGCCGCUAUGGCGCCGCCGGAACCGGAGAGCGUGCCCGAGGCCGUGCUGGAGCAGUGGCGGCAGUACAACGAGACCGAGCGGCAGUGGGAGCUGCGCCGCCGCUUCAUCCUUCGGCACCUCAGCGGCUAUCCCGGCGCAGCCAUCGACCAGCUGCUGGCGCUCUCCGUGCUCUGGACCAACCACAUCUUCAUGGGCUGCAGAUAUGGCAUGCAGGUCAUGGAGAAGGUUCUCAAGAUGGCUGAAGGCAUCGACAUCGGGGAAAUGAGAACGUAUGAGCUGGUUCCUAGCAGGAAGCUAAAAAGAUGCCACUCUCCAUCUGACAGUCCAGAGCUGGAAGAGGUUCCUGAGCCGCCCAAAAAGAUGGCCCCCAGGUUCCGGGUGCGACCACGUUUCGAACCCAUACACUUUGUCACCAGUGCUGAGAAGGAUGACAGGAGGGAAGAGCCUCUGGAUAACCAAACCCAGGAGGUGAACCAGGAGGCAAACACAAACAGCAUAGCCCAGCCAGCUGAAAACUGUACAAAUUCCUUUGUGAAUGCACGGGACACAGAUCCACAGCUCUCCAACUGCGCUGGGCUUGGCUUUGCAGGCCCGGCAGCAGCAGCCAAGAAGGCUGUGAAUAGCAUGGACUCUACCACAAACAGCACGCUUCAGGUUUCUGUUCCUCCCUCCACCGUCCAGCCUGCAUCAGAGACUUUCCCUCCAUCGGCUAUAACGCUGAAGCAGAGUUUCAUUGAGAAACUAUCAGCAGCUGUCUGGAAAAAUCUUGCUAACCCAGAUGCCAACACGGGGACUGACAAAAUUAACUUCACCUAUCUUCUGACACGUUCAAUUCAGGCCUGCAAGACAAAUCCUGAAUACAUUUAUGUUCCUCUGAAGGAAAUCGCCCCCUCUGACCUCCCCAAGAGCAAGAAGCUGCUAACAGAUGGCUUCGCAUGCGAGGUGAGGUGUCAGAACGUCUACCUGGCCACCGGCUAUGCAGGCAGCAAGAACGGGUCCCGGGAUCGAGCAGCAGAGCUGGCAGUCAAGCUGCUGAAGAAGCCUGUGGAGGUGAGAGUCGUGCAGCGGAAGUUCAAGCACACCUACCAUGAGGACCUGGUGGUGUGCGAGGCAGGCGUGAGUCGCCUGGAUUUCCCUCCUGCUCUCAAACCCCACGAGGAGUUUCUAGCUGCCAACAGGGACUGUGUCCCGAUGCAGCCUGGUACUGAAUCCAUGAAGGGUUCUGCUGCUACCAACAAACACUGGACUAGUUUUGUCCUCACGGAGAAUGCCAGUGAUGCAAUAGGAAUCCUUAACAAUUCUGCCUCAUAUAACAAAAUGUCUGUUGAAUAUAAAUAUGAAUUAAUGCCCAACCGCUCUUGGCGCUGCCAGGUCUACCUGCAGGACCACUGCCUCGCCGAGGGGUUUGGCACUAAAAAGACCAGCAAGCACGCAGCUGCUGAGGAGGCACUGAAGAUCCUGCAGAAGAUGCAGUCAAACGUAGCAGCCAUCAAAGUGACCCAGGUUCAGAAGGUAGGCUGUUCAUCACGGGGCUCUGGGAGGAAGAAGGACCUGAAGGACCUGGUGGUUUAUGAGAACUCCAGUAACCCGGUGUGCACGCUGAAUGACACUGCCCAGUUCAACAAGAUGACGGUGGAGUACGUCUUUGAAAGGAUGACUGGCAUGCGAUGGAAGUGCAAGGUGCUGCUUGAAGACGAAUUCAUCGCAGAAGCAGUUGGAGUGAAGAAAUCUGUCAAGCAUGAAGCAGCAGAGGAAGCUGUGAAAAUCCUCAAAAAGACUCAGCCAACUGUUGUCAAUAACCUGAAGAAAGGCACCGUUGAAGACGUCAUCUCCCGAAAUGAGAUCCGGGGUCGGUCAGCUGAAGAGGCUUUCAAACAGAAGAUCAAAGAAGACAACAUUGGGAAUCAAAUACUGAGGAAGAUGGGCUGGACAGGCGGUGGCCUGGGGAAAGCCGGGGAAGGAAUUAGGGAGCCUAUUUCAGUGAAGGAGCAGUUUAAAAGGGAAGGACUUGGGCUUGAUGUGGAAAGGGUCAACAAAAUAGCUAAAAGAGAUAUCGAAGAGAUCAUUCGGAACUAUGCACGCUCAGAGAGCCACAUUGACUUGACUUUCUCUAGAGAACUGACCAUGGAUGAGAGGAAGCAGAUCCAUCAGAUCGCCCAAAAAUAUGGUCUUAAAAGUAAAUCUCAUGGGCAGGGGCACAACAGGUACUUGGUGGUGAGCAGGAAGCGGCGCAAGGAGGAUCUGUUGGACCAGCUGAAGCAGGAGGGCCAGGUUGGGCACUAUGAGCUGAUUAUGCCACAGGCAAACUGAGGGGAUGUGUCCCUUUGCUUAGAGACAGCUGCCCGGAUACUCGGUGAGAAAAAGAGAUGCUGCAUUUUUCCCUGUCAUGGGCUACAUCAAUGUUAAAAGUCUUUCACUUUGUUAAUAUCAUUUCUAAAACACUGUUAGACAUUUAGAACUGAGUUCUGUCCCAAGUAUCUUAGCACAGCCCAAAAGCAGUAGUGCUGUCACUGUAUGUGUCUUUGAUAUUACUUGUUCCUUCACGUUUUAAUAGUUUUGUAAUAGCAAAACCACAUGUCCAACGAGGAGGAAUUUCACAUAAUUUAAAAUUCUGGUUCCCUUCUUCUUGACCAAGGAAGUAAAAAAAAAAAGCCCUUUUUUAAUAAAAGAUAAAAACAAAACUAAAAAGAAAAUCACAAAGAGCAAAGGAAAUGCAGUCUGGGGACUGAAGCCUGUAUGUAAAGUUGGUAUUAAUGAAAAUAAAGGUUUAUUUCUGGAAAAAAGCCCAGGAUUUGUCACACUUUGUAAAGAAGAAAA